UAUAUUAGUGAAGUUAACCAUCAGCCCCGCGCUCCGCCAGUCACUCGCACAUUUAAACAACAUUCAACAAAAUUAACAACUAGUGAUGAGUCCGCCCAGUCCUCUGCCCUCUGUCUAAACUUUAUCGUUGAGUCGUCAAAGUGGCAGGAGAUAAGGCAUAGGAGAAAGCCACAUCACUUAAGACAUGGACAUCAAACACAGGGAGGUCGUACAGUGGCUCCAGGAAAUAUAUGGAAAAGAUCAAAUUCCUCCAUAUGAGAAGGCUGAAACCAGCAUAAACAUUCUUCAUCAACUGAUGACAGCAAGUAAAUGCUCAGAAGGAAAUGCUAAACUCCUCGCUGAUGAUUAUUCUCAGAAAUCAUCUGAAUAUGGUGCAGAAGCAAGACAGUUAAGUAAGUGGAUGGAACCUGUGAAAAUCAAAACAAAUAUGUUAUCUAAUGAAGGCCAGAAGGGACUGUCGGCUCUCGCUGCUACAGCACAGGCUUAUGACAUCCAGACUGUCACUAGCACUAAUAUUAUACUGGCCAUGAAUCAGCUGGACUUGGACCAUAUGCAAGUGGUUAAUGACCGGGAACAAGAGAGGGGACGAACUUCUCGGUUGUUGGAAAUGAGUCAAGAUCUGUCAAGGAAGUUCAAGGAAAUCAAAGGGAUAUUUCAGCAGUCGGAGGCAACAUGGGCACAACAGCAAGAAGAACAUGCAAGAGAUAUCAAGCAAGAGGAAUUUAUCAGGAGAAAAUUCAAAAAAUAUGUAUCAGAUAUUAAUCAGUAUGAGGCCAGACUAAGCCAAGUUGGAAUGAAGAAAAACAUCACACAUGCCUUUCUGUCAGAACAGUGGGCAAAACUCAAAGAUCUUGAGAAGCAGGUUAGUGACUUGGAGAAUCAGUUGAAGAGUUAUACACUCCCACCAGACAUAACCCUUGCUGAGGUUAAGGUCCAAGAAGCACAUGAAGAGCUAGCAGCCUUGUUGAAUAAUUUGGCUACUAAAUGUUAACAUAACAGUGUAUCAUGAUACUGUAACAGCCGUUUUAUUAUUAUUA